AGAUAUCGAGAUAUCGAGAGAUCGCUCUGCCAACGGAACUUGCUCAGUUGAAAUGCGAACUUGGCGAGCUCAAGACACGACACAAAAUACACUCUCUAUAUACUCGUAUGUUGUGGUAGAAUAAUAACCCACAUACGCGACACCGGGCCUAAUCAAAUUAACACCCACGCACAUGAGAGACUUUUGUGUGCUGUGAUUUGCAUAAUUGACGCUAAUCGGCGGCGUCUCGUGCUCGACUAAAAAGCAAACCCGACUAAAAAGACUGCCCAAAAAAACAAAAUAAAAAAUAGACACCGCCAUAUGUUGCGUGAGUGCUUUCUGUGUGUGCGGAACAAGUGAGCAAGUGACAAACGCCAAACAAAGCAGUUUUGGGCACAGAUUUGAUACUAUUUUUGGAGCCACCUCAUAAUGAUCACCAUGAACGAGCUGGUGGAUCUGCGCAUGCAGCAGCACAUAGCGCACGAGAUCUAUCGCCAGCAGAUCAUGCAGCGCAUACCAGAUCCGUUUCCGCCAAUGCUGCCAAUUCCGAUGCCCCGGCACGUGAUCAUGCCACCCCGAGUCACGUUGCCCGGCGUGGAGAUGACCCUGCAGAACGACGAUCUCUGGAAGCAGUUCCAUCAAAUUGGCACCGAAAUGAUCAUCACCAAGAGUGGCCGACGCAUGUUCCCCUCGAUGCGACUGAGUGUUUCCGGCCUGGAGGACGAGAGCAACUACUGCGUGCUCCUGGAGAUGGUGCCCAUGGGCGACUGCCGCUACAAGUUCUCCGGCUCCCAGUGGGUGCCGGCCGGCGGAGCGGAGCCCCAGAGUCCGCAGCGGAUGUACCUGCAUCCGGAUAGUCCGGCCACCGGUGCCCAUUGGCAGGCGCAGCCCAUACUGUUCAACAAGGUCAAGCUGACCAAUAACACGCUGGACAACAGCGGCCAUAUCGUCCUGGCCAGCAUGCACAAGUAUCAGCCGCGUCUGCACGUCAUACGCACCGCUGAUCUGGCGCAGAUUCCCUGGGCUCCACAGCAGGCCUUUGUGUUCGCCGAGACCGAGUUCGUGGCCGUGACAGCCUACCAGAACGAUCGCAUCACCAAGCUGAAGAUCGACAACAAUCCGUUUGCCAAGGGCUUCCGCGAAACGGGACAAUCGCGCUGCAAACGCAAGAUGUCUUCAUCGCCAACCGGCGAGGAUCAAGAUCAGUCUCAGUCACUAUCCCAUUCCCAAUCCCAAUCCGAGUCGGACAUGUCGCCAACGAAGGGAGGCGGUGAGGCAGCCGGUGGAACAGCGACAAGCGGCGAUUUGGAUGGUCCGCAAAUUAAGCGCCUGAGAUCAAAUGGCUCCGCCUGCUCCUUAUCAUCAUCGCUGGACGAUCAAUCGGUGCCUGGCGCCAGUUCCCUGGCCUCCCUGGGCUCCCCACCGCCCCAUCUCCAGCCGCAUCCUCUCCAGGCGAGGAGUGCCUCCAGCGUCUUUAUGCAGCACUUCCAGCAGAAUAUGCAGAGCCUGCUGCGGCCUUCGCUUGUGGACUUGGCAUGUACCUACUUCGGACGACCCCAUGAGUACGCAGGAGCGGUUCAGGCCUCACCUCUCUAUCCACCAGCAGCCAUCCUACAGGCUGGCCUGGGCCCACAUCCUGGCCUGAAUCUGCCCACCGGCGCUUCCGGUGCGGAGCUCAUUUCGGAUGAGUCGGGAGCGGAGGAACUCGAACUGGAUGUGGGCAGUGAAACGAGCACCUUGGAGCAGUCCACUCAGGAGCAGCCACCGGAACAACCCUCAACGAGGAGCAAGGGCUUCAGCAUAUCGGCCAUUUUGGGGGGAGGAAGUUAGAAUACAUAUAGUGCUAAGAUACUUAUACAUUUACUCAUAGUACUCAUUUUGAUAUUAUACAGAUUCUAGCCUGAUUAGCUAUUAAGUGCCGCCUAACGUUAAGCCAUUAAAGUUAGCCUAAAGUAUAAGAGAA